AUCUCGACAUCCGCACUAACGAAAGUUUAGAAAAAUCUGGCAACAGUGCCCUAACUGAAGUGGACACGCGUCGUGGGAGAAGGUUCCAUUUUGUUACUUGCGGUGUGCUGCUAUGAGUCACCGAAAAUUUUCAGCCCCUAGACAUGGUUCUAUGGGCUUUGUGCCCAAGAAAAGAAGCAAGCGACAUAGGGGUAAAGUUAAAGCUUUUCCAAAAGAUGAUCCUUCAAAGCCAGUUCAUUUGACUGCUUUUAUUGGCUAUAAGGCAGGAAUGACCCAUAUUGUUCGUGAUGUGGAUAAACCUGGAUCAAAGGUCAAUAAAAAAGAAGUUGUAGAAGCAGUAACAAUUUUGGAAACACCUCCAAUGAUGAUAGUUGGUGUUGUUGGUUAUAUUGAAACUCCCAAAGGACUUAGAGCGUUUAAAACUAUUUGGGCUGAACAUUUGAGUGAAGAUUGUAAACGUCGCUUCUAUAAAAACUGGUAUAAAUCCAAAAAGAAGGCUUUUACUAAAUAUUGUAAAAAGUGGCAAGAUGAUUUAGGAAAAAAAGAAAUAGAAAAGGAUUUUAAAAAAAUGAAGAAAUAUUGUAAAGUUAUUAGAGUAAUUGCACAUACUCAGAUGAAGCUGAUGAGAAAAAGACAAAAGAAAGCACACAUAAUGGAAAUUCAGUUGAAUGGAGGGACAUUAGGUCAAAAAAUAAAGUGGGCAAGAGAUCAUAUGGAGAAACCUGUUCCAGUUCAAGAAGUAUUUGGUCAAGAUGAAAUGAUUGAUUGUAUUGGAGUUACCAAAGGAAAAGGAUUUAAAGGAGUAACAAGCCGUUGGCAUACAAAAAAACUGCCAAGAAAGACUCACAAAGGUCUCAGGAAAGUUGCUUGCAUCGGAGCCUGGCAUCCAAGUCGAGUUCAGUUUACCGUCGCUAGGGCAGGUCAAAAAGGUUAUCAUCACAGAACCGAAAUCAACAAAAAAAUCUAUCGAAUUGGUCAAGGAAUUCAUACAAAAGAUGGAAAAAUAGUGAAAAACAAUGCUUCUACAGACUAUGACAUGACUGAAAAGUCAAUUACUCCAAUGGGAGGAUUUCCUCAUUAUGGAGAAGUAAAUUGUGAUUUUGUUAUGCUGAAGGGAUGCAUCAUGGGUCCGAAGAAGAGAGUGAUAACAUUAAGAAAAUCUCUUCUCACUCAGACCAAGAGAUCGGCCCUGGAAAAAAUCAAUCUGAAGUUUAUCGACACUUCAUCAAAGUUUGGUCACGGAAGAUUCCAGACUGCUGCCGAGAAACACACUUUCAUGGGCCCGUUGAAGAAGAACAAAAUCAAAGAAGAAUCCACUGCAUGAUAAAAUUGUGUAAAAGGAGGAAAUAAAAACAGAUUUAUGAUAACUA